UGACGUUCAAGCAGCCGUCCUCUGCGGUAAUUUAAAAACUCCGGAACUCCGGUUGAAAGGCCAAAAGUACACCUUUUUGUGAACCUCUCUUACUUGAUGCGAAAAGAAAACAAGAGUAUUUUGAAGACUACUGUCUUUCUCUCUUUUUUCAAUGGAAACUAAUUUAACAGACAAUGAUGACACACAACCACAACCAUCACGACAGCAACAGCAAAUACAAGCAACAGGACAGCAACAGCAGCAACGGCAACAAAUAAAUCGCUCCAGUUUUUAUAUGCUGCUUUUCUUGUUUUCAUUGCUGUUUUUCAAUUUCACAGACGAAAGUUCAAUGAGAGCAGGAAAACAGACGAAAGCUGAACUAAUGGAAGAUUUACAAAAAGAAGUCGACUCAUUGAACAACAUGACCUUUGGCGUUAAUGUUACCCAUCCGAUACCUCCUACUGUAGAAGACACACUGAAGCAUGACUUAUGGUCACUUCGACAACAACCAGAAGGAGUUUAUUAUCACAAUAUCACAGGUGUUUUUAGAGGCGAAUGGGAGAAUAGAAACUUAAGCAUACCCGAUACCCUCAAUAAGACUGAAUUAGAUGAAGCUCGAAAGACAUUUGACUUUGCAGGUCCAGGAUCAUUCAGUGUCAACUUCAAAACGAGCAAAACAAGAGAAAGUGAAAUGAAUUAUAUGGAGGGUUAUAUUCGUAUGAAAGAUGCGGAAAAAAGCAAUUACGGUACAUUGCUAUUAGCUGGUGGCGUCCAGUUUAUAAAUAAUGGAUCCAUUUUUAUGAUUGUUGUACCUGAAGGUCAAUCAUUACCACUCAAACAAUUACUUCACAUGCUACCUAACAACGAAACAUUUGUUAUGGCGAGGAAUGUAAUCAAUGAACAAAUCGAAAAGCGGAUAGAGGAAUUAAAAUCGAACAGAAUUUGGGAUUGGCAAACAGUUGACGAUUCUGACCAGUCUGUCGAUUUAUCAAUGAACUGCACUUUUCAGCUAUUUGGCCAGCUCUCCCCCUUACCUACUACUUAUAAUCAAUCUGAUUUAUUAGAUUUUGAGGAUGAACUGGAGGAUCCCCAAGGUAUUUCGAUUAUUCAUCCACCAGCGCCCUCGCUCUCCGUAGAGCUCUAUUCUCCAAACUGCCAACUUUUACUAUUAAGUGAAAAAGAGAAAGGAAUCAAGAUAGAAUCAUACUAUAAUAAAGCAGUGACUUAUGCUGGUGUAGCGAGUGUCAUUGCCGUCAUACAAAUAUUCACACUCAUUCAUCAAAUGGAAUGUACACCUACACCUUCGAGUGUGUCGAAUGUCUCUUAUUGGACGAUUGCUAUGCAAGCCAUUAUGGACGGCUAUUUAUGUUUGUUGCACUUAACAACAGGUGUGGUUAUUGAAAAUGUAUUUAUUCCAUUCGCAACGGCUGCCUUCUUCACCUUUGUUCUUGUAUCUAUAUUUGGUAUGCGGUAUUUGUUGGUCGUAUGGCGGAUUCAGAGACCUGAAUCUGUUAGAGCAAAUAGUCGUCCUACUACACCUCCUCGAACAGCAGCACAACGAGAGAAUGGUUAUAAUAGUGACAGUGAUGAAGACGACAGCAGAAACAGUCUACCAGGAACUCAACCGCAAAGACCAACAAACACGACCACGACUACUACCACCACCGAAGAUACUGAUAACCCACAAAGAGAAACGACCUAUUUGUAUUAUCGGUUAUAUGCUGUGAUGCUGUUGGGAUUAUUUUUGUUUUAUCAAUCCAUAACACGUUCCGCUUUCGUUCAGAACAUCAUUAUUGGUACGCUUGGAUUUAUAUUGUAUUCUUUUUGGAUACCACAGAUUGCCCGAAAUGUGAUUCGAGGUUGUCGUCGACCUUUAAGCCAUCGCUAUAUUAUUGUCAUGAGCGUAACUCGACUAUGCUUGCCAUUAUAUUUUUACGGCUAUUCAGAUAACCUAAUUGCACAUGAAACGACACCUUGGGUAUGGGCGUUUGUCUUGUACGUUGCUAUUCAAGUGCUUAUUCUCUUCCUUCAAGAUACUUUCGGUCCCAGAUUCUUUGUGCCAUCCAGAUAUAUGCCUCAUACUUAUGAUUACCAUCCGAUACUGACGACUGAUGAUGAAGAAGCUGAACAAGGAGUGGGAGGUGGCUCAUCCUCAAAUGAAACACCCUCUUCCAAAGAUUGUGCUAUUUGUAUGCUCCCCAUUGAUUUUAGCCAAAACGGACAUUCAAGCUUAAAUGUAUUAGCACGAACACAUUAUAUGGUGACACCUUGUCACCAUAUGUUCCAUACAGAAUGCUUAGAGAAGGUAAAUGACAUAUCUCUUGAAACUCGUAAAGUAGAGCCAACAGCUAAAACUGCCGUUUGCUUCUCCAUAUUGUAGUGGAUGAGAAUUAAACUAGAAUGUCCAGUGUGUAGAGCAUACCUACCUGCUUGCUAAUGUAAAUAACCAAGCAAAAGUAGAUUGACAGCUUAGACUUGUUCACGGGAUAACACUUGUAUGAAUCUACAACCCUUUUAAUAACCUGUACAAAGACUGAAGGCUAAUAAUUUCGCCUUUGGAUCAAAGAUACCUUUUCUUUCAAAAUGAAAUAAAAAUAUAACUAUAUUAAUCUUUUUUAAAGCUUGGUUGCAAUAUCGUCAAGAUAAAACAUGCAGCGUACCUUCUCUUGUAUCUUGGACUCCAC